AUGACAGUCCAUGGCUUGAGUCUGUCUCAACAGGCCACCAGACUAGUUCUUUUGAUCUUUCUGAUAUUCACAGCUCUCUCUAGAGGAGAAACGUUGGCCCACACUUACGUAGACUCGUCAAACUUCACUACCUGUCCGACUGAAAACAGCUUUACGAUUUCAGCAGUAAAACGAAUCUACAACCCACGCUUAAAUACAUACACUCUCAAUAUCACCGGUGCACCCCUCAUUGCUGUCGAAACCAUUAACCAAGCUGGCGAAUUCAUUCCGGCUGCUCGACUCGAGAUUAUGAUGGGCUUUGCUACUACCGUAAACACGGUCUAUUCGUUUUGUCCAGAUGUUGUCAGUGGUUGUCCCUUGUCUGCAGGGACCAGCAUAAAUAUCAGCAAGUCUGUCAAUAUACCUGCUUCCAGUCUUCCACUGGCAGAUAUCUCUGCACGCUAUUCAGCAUGGACUGCUGAUAAAGUACCGCUUGUGUGUGCAACAAUUGGAUCAGUUGGGUACCAGAACCCUACGUGGCGAGCGAUAUUCAUCUAUUUACCAGCAGGAUUUACGGCAUUCUCUGCACUUGUGUCGUUCGUGGCUUCGUUUGUGACACUUGGUGAAGCCGAUCGAGACAUUCUCCUCUUUACAUCCAAUUAUGCCAUGCUCCCUGCAGCUGUUAGAUUCAAGACCCCCGGUUUCUUUGAUCUCGUUUUUUAUGCACAGUUUAUCGUUACCACAGGCAUGCUCAAUCUUUCAUAUCCGAUGUUUUACCCUCUCUUUACAGCAAACUUCUCUUGGAGUUUCUUAUUAUUCUCAUCAGACUGGAUCAACAAUUUGAUGACCCAAGUAUUUCCAUCGACCUCAAACGACACCGAGAGAGCGAUCAAUAGCUCUGGAUUCGCGUUUAAUAAGCGACAACUCUCCCAGCCACUAUCACCAGAACCAUCUGUCAUCAUUCGACCCCAGAUCAACAAUACUGGAACAGGCAUGGUAAAUUUUGCAACAGCUGUAGAUCUGGACAUCAACAAGCUCUUCUUGACUUCUUUACUUUAUUUCCUCAUCAUACUUGGCGGUUGUCUAUGUAUAUGUUUCUUGAUCUGGGCUGUCUCUACUUGUUUUAUCUCACAAAACCGACCUAAUCUCUACAAAAACCAUUCUGAGAAAAUUAGAAACUUUACUAUAGGAAUCUCCUUGCGUAUUUUGACCCUAUUUUAUCUUCCGUUAAUUACGACUGCAUUCUAUCAGCUAAUGUUGGAUGCUCCUUGGUACCUCCUGUUGACAGCAUCAAUCGUACUUGUGUUCCCUCUCUGUCUUUUAUACGGCUACAUUGGAUUUGCUCUGCUCCACAUCAAACCAACAUCUGUCGUUUUCUCCGACAUCACUCUGCUUCUUCGAUACGGCUCCCUCUACAACACAUUUACAGAUGACCACGUGCAUUUUUUUGUUCUCUUGAUUGUCUAUAAGCUCUUUGUUGGCGCCAUGGUAGGUAUCUUCCAGACGAGCGGGAUUGCACAGCUUGUGGUAAUCAUCCUGGCUGAGACUGUUCUUCUUUGUACGCUUGUGGUGAAUUAUCCUUAUGCAGACCGUAGAAUCAAUAUCCAGUACGCCAUUCUUUCGAUCUUUCGUAUCACCAUAACUUUUCUGAACAUCGCAUACAUCGAGUCACUUCAUGUGCUGAAUGUCACCAAACAAUACAUAGCAUAUAUCCAGUUGGUUCUGCACUGCAUUGUAUAUCUCAUGAUGUUUGUCUUACCCGUCAAAAAUAUGGUUAUCCUGGCUAUCGGAUUGGCUGACGAAGAGCUUUAUGACAAUACUGUCCCCCCAGCUCGAAUGGCUAUCUGGCGUCGACGGUGGAAGCCAUCGUCUAUGGAAGAGGCUGGACCGAGUACAGAGAGGCUGUGUCGAGAGGUCUCGUUACCACUUGCGGAACCAUCAAGUCGACCUUGGGGUACAGUUGAGGCUAAUGACCACCAACGCGGGACUUCUAUUAAUCCGGACAGACUUCCUACGUCUUCUUCUUCAUCAGCAUCUCCUCCUCCUCUUCCAACCCAUACCAUCUUCUCUUCAGAGUAUCGUAGUAUACCGACGGAAGAUACGGUAACGCAUACAAACGACAAACCUCAUGCAACAAGAAGCUCUCCGAUUGGAGGAAGCAAAAGACAUUCAUCCAAUGUGCUGCUCUCGUACGACGAUCCAGCCAUAGACCAGCCAUUAGUACAAGCAGAUGCUUUCCUCACGGUUGACAAUAGUCCACCUUCAGAAAAAGGCUCUGCGUUUCGAAAUAGCCCAUCACACCGUCAAUACAAGCCUCAGUUAUCGCCAACGGGGUCUAAUGAGGCACCUAAUAUGCCUCCUUAUAACGAGAACAAUUCUUAA